AUGGAUCUUAUUCAAGAGGCUGGUUUAAUGAAGACAGUGACUCAGUUUUCAAAGUGCUAUGAGAUGUUGGUAAAGGAAUUUAUUAUUAAUUUGUCUGAAGAAUGUGUUGAUGGCAAGUCUAAGGAAUUCAGGAAAGUGUAUGUGAGAGGCAAGUGUGUAAAUUUCUCUCCUCCAGUGAUCAACAAGUAUUUGGGAAGGCAUGAUGAAGCUCAACCUGAGCUUGAGGUAAGGAAGUGGCCUCUCAAAGGAAAAUUGGUGGCAAGUAAACUGAGUGUCAAGUAUGCAAUGUUGCACAAGAUUGGAGCUGCUAACUGGGUGCCCACCAAUCAUAAAUCUACAGUUGCUGUAAUGCUUGGAAAGUUUAUAUAUGUUGUUGGAACCAAAGCCAAAUUUGACUAUGGCUCCUAUAUUUUUGAUCAAACUUUGAAGCAUGCAGGAAGCUUCAGUGUGAAGGGUCCUAUAUCCUUUCCUUCUCUCAUCUGUGGUAUUGUUUUUAAUCAGUUUCCAAACAUCUUAACUGAGAAUGAUUCUGUGAAGAAAAGAGACAGCCCUAUGUCUUUCAAUCAUAAGCUGUUCCUAGGUACCCAUGUCCCUGACAUUGUCAUGACAUCGGGUGAGACAUCACAUGUAAGCAAUCAGCCAGGUAAAGCUGCUGUCAUUGCAAUGCUCAAAGAAACCUGCAGGGAAUUAGAGGCAAGGAAGCUGAACUUGGAAAAAUUGAUUAGCUCUUUGGAGAUGACUGAAGGUGAUGUGCUAGCUGAUGGUGGAGAAUUUGGUGAAGCUGCUGCUGUUGCAGAAGAAGCUGAAAGACAAGGUGAAGAGGGAGAAGCAGAUGCCAGUCCUGAUGAUGAUGCUGACUCUGAGUCAGAUGACUAG